CCAACUAAAUGGACCAGUCCAUAAGUAAUAAAAGCGCGGGUACUAAAUCUGGUCCACUUUUUCCCAUUAUUAUAUCUCUAUUCCUAGUCCUCAAAACACAACUCUUCUUUUUUAGUCUUUUUGUUGCAAAUUCGCGGAUGGCCAAAUUGUUCUCUUCUCAGUUCUCACCAAUACAGCUCUGAACAGAAGUAGAGGCAGAAGUAGAAACAGGAGAAGGAGAAGCUUAAUCAAUGGAGAGGUUGCUUAAGGACUUCAAUUUGCCGCCGAAUGCGCCAGAAGACGCUCGUGUUCGGUGGCGGAAAGCCGUCGGAUCACUCAUUCUCAAUCGCCGCCGUCGUUUCCGUUAUGUUACUAAUCUUAAAAAACGCUCUCAAGAUGCCAAAACUCUUCAGGAAUUACGUGUUGCAUUCAUGGUACAUAAAGCGGCAAUUCGUUUUAGUGAUGCUGGUAGAACUGAAUAUAAGCUUUCAAAGGAGACUCAAGAGGAAGGUUUUGGAAUUGAAUCCGAUGAGUUGGCAUCCAUUGUUCGUGGCAGUGAUACAAAGGGCUUAAAUACCCAUGGGGGUGUAGAUGGUCUUGCCAAGAAAGUAACAUCGUCACUCAAAGAUGGGAUCUCAUCAAAUGAUGUACCUCGUAGGCAAAAUAUCUAUGGAGUGAACACAUUUACUGAAAAACCUCCAAGAGGUUUUUGGAGAUUUGUUUGGGAGGCGUUACAUGACUUGACAUUAAUAAUUCUGAUGGUUUGUGCGGUGGUUUCAGUAGGCGUAGGAGUUGGUACUGAAGGGUUUCCGAAAGGAAUGUAUGAUGGUGUUGGAAUUCUACUCAGUAUAUUUUUGGUUGUCAUUGUCACUGCUGUCAGUGACUACAAACAGUCAUUGCAAUUCAUAGAUCUGGAUAAAGAGAAGAAGAAAAUAUUUGUUCAGGUGACAAGGGAUGGACAUAGGCAGAAGGUACUCAUUUUUGAUUUGGUCGUUGGAGACAUAGUAAAUUUGUCUACUGGAGAUAUAGUUCCUGCUGAUGGAAUCUUUAUUUCUGGCUAUAGCUUGUUGAUUGAUGAGUCAAGCUUAACGGGUGAGAGCGAGCCAAUUUACAUAAAUCAUGCAAAGCCUUUUCUUUUAUCUGGAACAAAAGUACAAGACGGAUCAGCUAAAAUGCUUGUGACUGCUGUUGGUAUGAAGACUGAAUGGGGAAAGUUGAUGGAGACUCUAAAUGAGGGGGGUCAAGAUGAGACGCCUUUGCAGGUGAAGCUAAAUGGAGUUGCUACUAUUAUUGGGAAAAUAGGGUUAUUAUUUGCAGUACUGACAUUUUUAAUGUUGACCACUAGAUUUAUAAUUCAAAAAGUGGUUCAUGAUGAGUUCACACACUGGUCUUCAGCAGACGCAUUGAUGCUCCUAGACUACUUUGCUAUCGCAGUAACAAUUAUUGUUGUUGCUGUUCCCGAAGGGCUUCCAUUAGCAGUUACACUAAGUCUUGCCUUUGCAAUGAAGAAAUUGAUGAAUGACAAGGCACUGGUAAGGCAUCUUACUGCUUGUGAAACGAUGGGUUCUGCCACAUCCAUCUGCACUGAUAAGACAGGAACACUUACUACAAACCAUAUGGUAGUUGAUAAGAUAUGGUUAUCUGGAAAAAACCAAGAUUUGAAAGGAAAUGAUUUGAAAUCAGAAACAUCUGAGAGUACCUUGACCGCUCUUUUACAAGUAAUUUUCUUAAAUACUGGUGCAGAAGUGGUAAAGAACCAUGAUGGCAAGACUUCCAUUUUAGGGCAGCCAACAGAUUCAGCAUUGCUUGAAUUUGGAUUGCUUCUGGGGGGUGAUUUUGAUGAAUUUCGCCACAAGUACCAGAUAAAAAAUGUAGAGCCUUUUAAUUCUGUUAGAAAGAAGAUGUCUGUUCUUGUGGCUUUGCCAGAAGGUGGCACUCGAGCCUUUUGCAAGGGUGCAUCAGAAAUAGUUUUGGGAUUGUGCCACAGAAUGAUUGAUUCCAAUGGAAAUUCUGUUGAUAUGUCUGAAGAGAACAUCAAGAAUAUAACUGAUGUCAUAAAUGGUUAUGCUGAUGAAGCUUUGAGGACUCUGUGUCUGGCUUUCAGAGACAUGGAUGAUGGAUAUGAUGAAAACAUCAUUCCUGAAGACGGGUAUACAUUAGUUGCAGUUGUUGGAAUCAAGGAUCCAGUUCGUCCUGGGGUUGCAGAAGCUGUUCAGACUUGUUUAGCUGCUGGAAUCACUGUGCGUAUGGUCACUGGUGACAACAUUAACACAGCCAAGGCCAUAGCAAGAGAAUGUGGUAUACUAACAGAAGGGGGCCUUGCCAUAGAAGGAUCAGACUUCCGUAGUAAGACUCAUGAGGAGUUGAAAGAGACCAUACAAAGAAUCCAGGUGAUGGCACGGUCUCUUCCUUUAGACAAGCACAAAUUGGUGAGCAACUUGAGACUGCUCCGGGAGGUGGUUUCUGUGACAGGUGAUGGGACCAAUGAUGCACCUGCAUUGCACGAGUCUGAUAUAGGACUUGCUAUGGGAAUUGCAGGAACAGAGGUUGCAAAGGGAAACGCAGAUGUCAUCAUUUUAGAUGACAAUUUCAGCACCAUUGUGAAUGUAGUAAAAUGGGGGAGAGCUGUCUACGUAAACAUCCAAAAAUUUGUUCAGUUCCAGUUGACAGUCAACAUCGUAGCCCUCAUGCUCAAUUUCGUAGCUGCAUGCAUCACUGGUUCUGCUCCAUUGACGGCUGUGCAGUUGCUGUGGGUGAACAUGAUUAUGGAUACACUUGGCGCACUGGCCCUAGCUACAGAACCACCUACUGAUGAGCUGAUGAAAAGACCACCUAUUGGAAGAAAUGCAAGUUUUAUUAGCAAGGCUAUGUGGAGAAAUAUCCUUGGCCAGAGUGUAUAUCAGUUAACUGUCCUUGCUGUUCUAAGCUUUGAUGGAGAGCGGCUACUUAAACUUAGCGGCUCAGAUUCGCAUACUAUCCUGAAUACACUCAUAUUCAACUCCUUCGUGUUCUGCCAGGUGUUCAACGAAAUAAAUAGUCGUGAUAUAGAGAAAAUAAAUGUGUUCCGUGGCAUAUUCAGUAGCUGGAUAUUCAUUGUCGUUAUGGUUUGCACUAUUGCAUUUCAAGCCGUCAUAGUUGAGUUUCUGGGAACUUUUGCAAGCACUGUGCCCUUAAGCUGGCAGCAUUGGAUAAUCUGCAUUUUGAUCGGAGCAGUUAGCAUGCCUUUGGCUGUCAUUCUAAAGUGCAUUCCUGUUGAAAGAAAUACUUCUCCACAACAACACGACGGGUAUGAUGCCCUACCUAGUGGUCCAGAGCAGGUCUAAUAACAUUGUAACUUUGAUCACAACAGACAGUUGCAUAACUCAAUUUUACAAAAUGGCACGACCCAGAGAACUGCUUCAAGUAUCAUCACAGGUUGAGUCAAUUCCACAUUUUUUUCAACUCAAUUCAGUCUAACCAAUAUCUCAGGUGUUGAUAUUUUUGGAUAAUUUUGUUUUAGUUGUUUGAGAUUAGGCCGACUUUCACUUCAGAUAUUCAUAAAAGUGGUUUUCGUUUUAGGUUCCGGAGUUAACUCUUCUGUUAAAAUUCAUAUGUAGAUAGUUAAGGCGUGUGAAUUUACAAUGUUUUGAAAACAUUGGUAAAUUUGAUCUAAUGGUUCAAUUGUUUCAAUAUUGAUAUUCAACCAUUA